AUGGCGAACAUUUAUAACUUAGGAAGAUUUUUGCGAAGAAAAAAACUGAAUGCAUUAAUCUGGGUUAGCUACGCUCCAGGACACAGUCGGUUUAAUCCAAUUGAACGUAUGUUCUCAAGAUUAACUGAUUUAUUACAAGAUGUUAUUAUUGAUUUGGAUCCGCCGUUUAAAAAAACAUCACAACAACUUGAUCUAACAUUAAUUGAAUUGUGUAAAUACUGGAAUAACAAAAGUUUUUGUAAUUAUAAAAUUGACUGUCGUCCAGUGUUUUCUGUUAAUGGAAAUGUAUUUGAUGGCCAUGAAAAACUAAAGAAAUUAUUAAUGAGUAAAUCACAAAUACAAAUAGAACAAAAUCCAAAUGUCCAAUUUUGUUUACAACUUUAUCUUCAUCAUUGUGUUCGUUCCACGUAUUAUACGUCGUUUAUUAAAUGCGAUGAUAAAUGUUGUGUACAUUGUUCUCGUUAUCUAGUUCGUGCUACAAAAACAAUAUCAUUACUUCGUGCUGGUGGUGGAUAUAUCCCUUGGCCAACAAUGACAUUUAGUAAUAAACAUUACGAUACGUUUUUACAAAGGACAUAUUCAAUAUUAUCCGGUGAAAAGGACUUCCUCUUAUUCCUUUCUCUCUCUUCUCCAUUGGAUAGAUAG